AUGCGUGAGAUUGUUCAUAUCCAAGCUGGCCAAUGUGGAAACCAAAUCGGUUCAAAGUUCUGGGAGGUCAUUUCUGACGAACAUGGCAUUCAACCUGAUGGAACGUACAAGGGGGAAUCUGAUUUACAACUUGAAAGGAUUAAUGUUUACUACAACGAGGCUCACGCUAUUCUUGUCGAUCUUGAGCCUGGAACAAUGGAUUCAAUCAAGGCCGGCCCUGACGGUCAACUUUUCCGUCCUGACAAUUUUGUUUUUGGUCAGAGUGGUGCUGGCAAUAAUUGGGCGAAAGGGCAUUAUACUGAGGGUGCUGAAUUGGUCGAUAAUGUUUUGGAUGUUGUCAGAAAGGAGGCAGAAGGAUGCGAUUGUUUACAAGGAUUUCAGUUAACCCAUUCGCUUGGAGGAGGAACUGGUUCUGGAAUGGGGACUUUGUUAAUUUCGAAAAUAAGAGAAGAAUACCCUGAUCGUAUUAUGUCGUCUUUUUCUGUUGUUCCGUCGCCAAAGGUCUCUGACACCGUUGUCGAACCUUACAAUGCUACUCUUUCUGUUCACCAGCUUGUUGAAAACACGGAUGAAACUUAUUGUAUAGACAACGAAGCUUUGUAUGACAUUUGCUUUCGUACUCUUAAAUUGACAAAUCCUACUUAUAGCGAUUUGAAUCAUUUAGGUCUGUUUAAAUUCUUUUUUUCUUUUACUUUACUGGUUCUAACUAUUUUUAACACGGGUUUCACUGAAAUUUUUUCGAUGACCAUGUCUGGUGUUACCACUUGUCUACGUUUCCCAGGCCAAUUAAACGCUGAUCUUCGAAAAUUAGCUGUCAACAUGGUUCCAUUUCCACGUCUCCACUUUUUUAUGCCUGGAUUUGCGCCUCUCUCUGCCAAAGGCUCUGCUGCUUAUCACGCUCAAAAUGUUUCUGAAUUAACUAAACAAAUGUUUGAUGCCAAAAAUAUGAUGGCUGCUUGUGAUCCUCGUCAUGGACGUUAUCUAACCGUUGCAGCAAUAUUCCGUGGCCGCAUGUCAAUGCGUGAGGUUGACGAUCAAAUGAUGUCAGUACAAAGCAAAAAUUCUUCAUAUUUUGUUGAGUGGAUACCAAAUAAUGUCAAAACAGCGGUUUGUGAUAUUCCACCGCGUGGUCUUAAAAUGUCUGCUACUUUUAUUGGAAACUCUACUGCAAUUCAGGAAUUGUUUAAACGAGUUUCUGAGCAAUUUACAGCAAUGUUCCGUCGCAAGGCAUUUUUGCAUUGGUAUACUGGUGAGGGAAUGGAUGAAAUGGAGUUUACUGAAGCUGAAUCUAAUAUGAAUGAUUUGGUGUCAGAGUAUCAACAAUACCAAGAUGCGACAGCUGAUGAUGAAGUAGAAUACGAUGCUGAGAUAACUGAGCCGUUGGUAAAUGAGCAAUAAAUAAUCUUGACAUUAACAAAUAUAAAAAUACAAUUUUUGGUUUUUGUGCCUUCUAUUUAUUUUACUACAAUUUUUUUAAAGAAGAGCUGCCUUGUUGUUUUCAGUUAUUUUUAAAGUGUAUGAAAAUAAUAAGACACCAGUUCUAUUUUUCUUAGCCAUCUUAAAAAGUUUUUCUUUAAGUUCUUCAUUCUUGCACAGAUAACGUAUACACU